AUGUCCAUCAUCCAACCCGCCCCAGAACCCCUCAAGAAGCGCGGUCUUCCACGAAAAGCGAGCUUAUUCUCGCCCACCAUUCAAGAUAUGACCAUCACAAGGGGGAAAGCGACAAAGAGCACGCCUUCGAAAAGCAGUCCUUCCAAAAAAACAACAUCGAAUACAGCGAAACCCGGUCCUGCCGCGGCUCAGCAAUCAAAGAUCUUGCGCGCUAUAGCUUCUUCCAAUCCCUCCUCAUCAUCCCCAUCAACUAUCUCCCAGCCUCCUCCUACUCCAUCGAAUCCCUCCUCCUCCGCAGCAGCAGCAGCAGCGCCUGCGGCGAGAAAACAACCACUUCUCAUAAACGAUUUUCCCAUCCGAGCCAAGAUGCGCGGAAGGAGCCCGGCGCAGAUCCCAGAGACGCCGUUACCGAGUAAUUAUAAGAGUGUUGCGAAUAAAGUGACGAUGGUGAUUGUGGCGAUGCCGAUUCUGUUGGUUACGAGCUGGGUGCUUUAUGAGCGCUUGGUGUUGGGCGAGGAGAGGAAAUUAUUGGUACAGCCUACUACAGAAGGGAAGAGGGAGAAGAGGGAGCUGUGA